AUGGUUUCCCCACCAUCCCUUCCUCUUCCUCCUUUUGCACCAUUUCUCGGCGCAAAACUCAGGGACCAAAUACAACCGGACGAAUGGACCGCCUGCAUCACAGCUUGGAUCUCUCUAAUAGAGGCGCACCUAUCUCUCUCGGAAGAUGACUUUAUCCAGCAUUCACUCGUCGACGAAUCCAUCCCGGAAUUCCUUGUAUCAUUUUCUCACGAGGCUGCCACGCAUGGAUUGACCAUAUUAGGCCCGGCAGCUGGCCAACAGCCCUUGCUCAAAGGUGUUUUUAUGCUUACGAGUAGGCUGCUGGUUGCAAAAUCCGAGUCGAAAUCUAAACAAAAAAUCAUCCCGCCGACUGUGCUCCGUCUUCUACAAUGGGAGUUCUUUGCAGAUCUGUGCCGCACACAGAGCAGGAAAAGGAUGCCGGAAUUAUUUUCAGCCCUGCCGGCUGACAGGAAGGCAGUCCUGGAGACGUCGUUGGCCGCGCUCAAAAAGUCGCUGAUCCGUGACCUCGACGCGGGGCUCGCCAACCCGGCUGCCCUCCGCGAGCUCGAGGCUCGCCUGGGCAGGCUCAAUUUCCUCAUUGCCCGCAUACCCUGGGCUGCCGCGUUCUUUCUGGCAGGAAGCGACUUUUUGGACGGCCUGGUGUCUUGCUUUCGCAUCAUGAACCCGCCGCUACGCAAAGUGAUCGUGGCUACUGCCUACCUGUGCGUAAUGGGCUUGGCAGAGACCAGCGGAGGCGGCUAUGGCGUAUUGACCGAUCAAUUGUACGCCUUGCGGGCGGCGGCGGAGGUGCACCGCACCGGGCCUCUCAAUGUGAAUGAUUCUCUUGUCGCCGAGCUGGUGACUUCCACGCCGUUGCUGGGCCAGCUGGAACGCCGGGUUAAUGGAGCGGCCGAGUCUGCAAGCACAAGGGUCAAGUCGAUUCUCAAAGAUUUGGCAGGUUUCAAGAAGCCCGGUGUCGGUCUCAGGCAGCCGGCCAGGCGGCUGCAGAAGAAGGUUGACAAAGGCAAGGGCGUCGCUCUCGACCUCGGAAUCCCGUCGCAAGAGAUGCAUAUCCACCGCAUGGAGCAAAUCACCCAAAUACAGGAUUUGUUUCCGGACCUGGGGUCCGCCUUUGUUGCCAAGCUUCUGGUCGAGUAUGGGGAGGAUCAGGAGCAAGUCGUGGCGCACCUGCUGGAUGAUUCGCUGCCUGAACAUCUCAAGGCCGCGGACAGAAGUGAAGAAUUGUCCUCAAACACUGGGCAUCGCACACCGCCGUCGACAGAUCAUAUGGCACCUAGAUCAACGCCACCCCGGUUCAAGGAGCAAGCUCUGCCAGUUCGCCACAACGUCUUUGACGAUGACGAACUUGACAUGCUGUCUGGAAAUGCCGGCAAACUGCACAUUGGCAAACAUAACCCAGACAGGACAGCGGACGACAUUCUCAAAGACAAGUCCAAAGCUCCAGACAAAGCAGCUAUUCUUGCAGCGCUUGCCACGUUUGAUUCAGAUGACGACGAGCGCGAUGAUACAUACGAUGUGGAGGAUGUAGGAGGCACAGUGGACGCAGCCGGAGGGGCCGAGGACCAAUCGCUAAACGAUGAGGUGCUCUUCAAGGCAUGGAAGGCCGAAGCUAGCGUCUUUGGCCGGGAUAAUGCUACGCGGAACAGCUCCGCACGUCAAAGCCUGCGAGCAGAGACGGUCCGGGCGGAUCCGGGGCAGAGGAUUCAGAUGCAGGCGGGAGCGGCGGCCGCGGAAGAGGCAGAGGCCGUGGGCGCGGUGGGCGAGGAUCAGGGCGCGGAAGAGGAGGCGGACCUUCCAGCAGUGGAGAUGUGUCUGGGCCGACGGGUGAUGCCGGAACUGAGCAGGCGAGGCGGCGCAAGGAGGCCAACAAAAGCUCAAGAGCAAAUCACAACAGACGUGCUCAGCGUGCGCGUAAGAUGGGUGACUUGGUACACCUGGAUGCAAAACGACGUCUUGGCCACAGGACUUUUGACAUUUAUAAUCCACGAAGUAGUCUAUUUCGGGAGGUCUAUUCCAUGGAUCAUCAUGGACACCAUGCCGAUCCUGCAAAAGUAUAAAAUCCAGCAGCUCCACUGCGCGGGGCUGGUGCUCCUGAGCCACUUCACCAUCGAACUGCCCGAGAUUUGGCUGUUCCACCCGGUGGCCAUGUACUGCGGCAUGGCCUUUGACGUGCCGUUCCCGGCGGCGUGGAAGAUGGCGCUGCACAUCGCCGUCUUCUUCGUGCUCGAGGACGCGUGGCACUACUGGACGCACCGGCUGAUGCACCACCCGGUGCUGUACCGGACGAUCCACAAGCUGCACCACACGUACACGGCGCCGUUCGGGCUGACGGCCGAGUACGCCUCCCCGAUCGAGGUGCUGGUGCUGGGCCUCGGCACCGCGGGCACGCCGCUGCUCUGGGUGCACCUGACGGGCGACCUGCACCUCGCCACCGUGCAGCUGUGGAUCGUGCUGCGGCUGCUGCAGGCCGUCGACGCCCACAGCGGCUACGACUUCCCCUGGAGCCUGCACCGCUUCGUCCCCUUCUGGGCCGGCGCCCAGCACCACGACGUCCACCACGAGCGCUUUGUCGGCAACUACGCCUCGUCAUUUAGGUGGUGGGACUACCUCAUGGACACCGAGGCCGGGGCCGAGGCUAACGCCAAGAGGAGGGAGAGGAAGAUGGCGGCGCUGAAGAAGAGGCUGUGA